GACAAACCCUUGAUGAAAUGAGUGUCUGUGGAUUUGGGUUGUUGUUGUGGGGGUAGUUCGGGAGGCUCACGGUUCACGCCUAUCCUCUUCUCUCUUCUCCCAGCCGUGUGUGCCCUCCUCUGCCCUCCCCGUUUACAAGUCAUGAUGGCGGAACUGUAGACUUCGGGACGAGCAGGAGUGCACCGCCCGUCCUCGUUUAGUAAUUGUACAUAGUUAUUUAUUUAUUCAGCAAACUUCUACAUCUUCCCCCGCAAUGACCCGUUGGAUUCCUACCAAAAAAGAGAAGUACGGAGUCGCAAUCUACAAUUAUGAUCCCAGUGGAGAGCAGGAGCUGUGUCUACAGGUGGGGGACACGGUGCACAUACUUGAGAAACUGGAAGGCUGGUAUAGGGGCUACACGCUACGCAAGAAAUCACAGAAGGGCAUAUUCCCAGCUUCCUACAUCAACUUAAAGGAGGCUACGGUCGAGGGAAUAGGCCAGCAGGAAGUAAUUAUUCCUGCAGAUUUACCCCUGGUGCUGGAGCUCGGGGCUACUCUGAGGGAAUGGACACAGAUAUGGCACAAGCUCUACGUGGCGAACAAGACAAACCUGUUCAGGGUUGUUCAGCAGAUGGCCUACAGCCUCAUCGAAUAUCGAUCUCAGAUAGUGUCGGGAACGCUGCCUAAGGAUGACCUUGUGGAGCUCAGAAAGAAAGUUACGGCAAAGAUUGAUUAUGGAAACCGGAUUCUGGGCUUGGACCUGGUGGUACGAGAUGAAGCAGGAAACACACUGGAUCCUGACUGGACCAGUACGGUCAGUCUGUUCCGGGCACACGAUACCGCUUCCCGCAUUGUUGAUGACAGGAUACAAGAAGAGAAGACGCGGCUACAAAACCUGGAAAUGAGGCGUCAGACCCUGUUCAGUACGGUGCACACCUACAGUCUACUCAUGAACCUGAAGAACUUUGUAUGCAACAUUGGAGAAGAUGCUGAGCUGCUCAUGUCUCUGUAUGACCCUGACCAGUCUGAAUUCAUCAGCGAGAACUUCCUGGUGCGCUGGGACAGUAUGGGGAUGCCUAAAGAAAUUGAAAAACUCAACAACCUGCCAGCGCUAUUCACGGACCUGAGCAGCAGUGACUUGAUGAGGCAGCGACUCUUCCUGGUGUGUCAGAUCAUCAGAGUGGGCAGCAUGGAGCUCAAAGAGGGCAAGAAACACACUGGAGGACUGAGGAGACCAUUUGGUGUGGCUGUGAUGGACAUUACAGAUAUCGCCCAUGGCAAAGCAGACGAUGAGGACAAACAGCAUUUCAUCCCUUUUCAGCAGAUAGCUAUGGAAACCUACAUCCGUCAGAGGCAGCUCAUCAUGUCUCCGCUCAUCCCAUCUCGAGUCAUAGGAGAGAAUGAACCGCUCACUGCUGUCUUCAACAAAGUCAUUGCCACACGGGAGGUCAAUCACAAAGGCCAGGGGCUGUUUGUGACCCUGAAGCUCCUCCCAGGGGAUCUUACCCAUGUCAGGAAGGACUACCCCCACGUUGUGGACCGCAGCACGGCUAUCGUCAGGAAAAUGGGCUUUCCAGAAAUCAUCCUCCCAGGAAACGUGAGGAAUGAUAUUUACAUAACCUUGCUGCAGGGAGAGUUUGACCGUGGUAAAAAGAAGACCCCAAAAAAUGUAGAGGUCAUACUGAGUGUGCACGAUGAUGAAGGCAAUCCCAUGGAGAAAGCGAUAUUUCCUGGGGCCGGUUAUGAUGGCAUUUCAGAGUACAAGUCUGUCAUUUACUACCAGGUGAAGCAGCCUUGUUGGAAUGAAACAGUGAAGGUGACAAUUCCCAUUGAAGACGUGUGCCGCUGUCACCUGAGGGUGAUGUUUCGACACAGAUCCUCCCAGGACUCAAGGGACAAAUCGGAGAAGCCCUUUGGUAUGGCCUUCGUCCGGCUCAUGAAAGGAGAUGGGACCACGUUAAAAGAUGGCAGGCAUGAACUUAUCGUCUAUAAGGUUGACGUGAAAAAAGCAGAGGAUGCAAAGGUUUAUCUCACCUUGCCAGCAACCUGGGCUGAAGUGGAGGAAAAGGAGAAGCAAACAGGGAAGCAGUUCCACCAUUCAGGAGUGAUUCCUGUGACUAAAGACAGCUUCCAGAUCGCCUCGCUCACCUGCUCCACUAAACUCACUCAGAACGUGGAUUUACUUGGCCUGUUGAACUGGAGGUCUAACCCUGAAGAUCUGGACCAGAUUCUGCAGAGGCUGAUGGAGGUCGAGGGAGGGGAGAUUGUCAAAUUUCUCCAGGACACUCUUGAUGCCCUGUUCAACAUCAUGAUGGAGACCUCAGAAAAGGAUACCUAUGAUACUCUGGUGUUCAAUGCCUUGGUAUUUAUAAUCACACUGAUUGGCGACAUCAAAUUCCAGCACUUCAACCCUGUCCUGGAAACCUACAUCAACAAGCACUUCAGUGCCACUUUGGCUUACAUGAAGCUAACCAAGGUGCUUAACUACUACGUGGGCCAUGUUGAGGAACCUGCCCUGACUGAGAGACUCUAUGCAGCACUCAAAGCUCUCAAGUACCUGUUCAGGUUUAUCGUGCAGUCCCGGGUCCUCUAUCUCAGAUUCUACGGGAACAGUGAGGAUGGGGAUGCUUUCCUCAACUCCAUUCGCACCGUUUUCCUGUCUUUCAACACUCUCAUGGACAGACCACUUGAUGAGGGAGUGAAGAUAAAGGGAGCAAUAUUGAAAUACCUCCCCAGCAUCAUUAAUGACAUCCAGACUGUGUUUGAUCCCGUGGAGCUCAGUGUUCUCCUAGCGAAGUUCAUUGAGAGCAUUCCUGACUCGCAGCUUGUGCGUCAGAAGCUGGGCUGCAUGUGUAAAAUGGUGGAGAGUGACCUUUUCAGGCAAUCAGAUUGUCGAGAUGUGCUUCUGCCACUUGUUACUGACCAGUUGAGUGGGCAGCUGGAUGACCACUCUAGUAAACCUGACCAUGAGGCCUGCGCCCAACUGCUCAGCACAGUGUUGGACAACCUGGGCCGCAAGGAUGUGGGUCCAACCAGAGGGCACAUUCAGCUGAUAAUGGAGCGGCUCCUUCGCAGGGUUAAUCGCACUGUCAUCAGCAUGGACAGAUCCUCCCCUCUCAUUGGCCACUAUCUCGCCUGCAUGACGGCCAUCCUGAAGCAAAUGGAUGACAUGCAUUACGCCCACUACAUCAGCACCUUCAAGACGAGACAGGAUAUCAUUGACUUCCUCAUGGAGACAUUCAUCAUGUUUAAGGACCUCAUGGGAAACGUCUUCCCCGCUGACUGGAUGAUCAUGAACCUGGUGCAGAUGCAGGUCUUCCUGAGGGCCAUCAACCAGUACUCGAACGUCCUCAACAUGUAUUUUCUGGACCAGGCGCAUUUUGAAUUACAGCUGUGGAAUAACUACUUUCAUUUGACUGUGGCGUUCCUCACCCACACGACACUGCAGUUGGAAUCCUUCUCUCAAGAGAAACGAAAUAAGAUACUGAACAAAUAUGGAGACAUGAGGAAGACUAUUGGAUUUAAGAUCAGAGAUAUGUGGUACAAUCUUGGCCCACACAAAAUGAAGUUCAUCCCAGCGAUGGUCGGGCCCAUUCUGGAGGUCACACUGGUGCCCGAGCCUGAACUGAGGAAAGCUACCAUCCCGAUCUUCUUUGAUAUGAUGCAGUGUGAGCACAACUUCAGCCCCGGACGCACGUUUGAAACGUUUGAGAAUGAACUGAUAACUAAGUUGGAUCAAGAGGUAGAAGGAGGCCGAGGGGAUGAGCAGUACAAAGUCCUGCUGGAGAAAACGUUGCUGGAGCACUGCAGACGCCACAGAUACCUGUCACAGUCGGGAGAGGAGCUGGCUCUGCUGCUGAGCAGCCUGCUGCAGAAUCUCCUGGCAUACCGCACCAUCACACAUGACGAAAGUCCUGAGCACCGCAUGAGCUGCACUGUCAAUGUGCUGAAUUUCUACAAAGAAAAAAAGAGGGAGGACAUUUACAUCCGGUACUUGUACAAGCUGCGAGAUUUGCACCUGGACUGUGAAAACUACACAGAGGCGGCCUACACUCUGCUACUACAUGCUGAAUUACUGGAGUGGUCUGACAAACCUUGCGCAGCUCAUCUGAUCCCUAGAGAUGGGGAGCAUGUAUGGACCCAACAGGAGCUGAAAGAGAGGCUCUUCCAGGAGAUCAUAUGUUACUUGGACAAGGGCAAGAUGUGGGAGAAGGCCAUUGAGCUGGGCAAGCAGCUGGCCAAGAUGCAUGAGAGCCACAUGUUUGACUUCAUGGAGCUGAGUCAGCUGCUGAAAAAACAAGCCCAGUUCUAUGAAAAUAUAAUGCAUGCAAUGCGGCCACAGCCAGAGUACUUUGCUGUAGGAUAUUACGGACUUGGAUUCCCUUCUUUCCUCAGGAACAAGAUGUUCAUCUACCGAGGCAAGGAGUACGAGUGGCUUGAAGACUUCAGCUUAAAGCUGCUCUCUCAGUUCCCCAACGCAGUACGGAUGACCAGCACGGCGCCCCCUGGAGACAACAUUCACAACUCCCCUGCACAGCACAUCCAGUGCUUUACAGUCAAACCUGUUCUCACCGUGCCGCACCAGUUUAAAGACAAGGGGGUUCCAGAGCAGAUAUUAAACUAUUACAGAACCAAUGAAGUGGACCAGUUCCAGUAUUCCAGGCCCUUCAGGAAAGGUGCAAAGGACCCAGACAAUGAAUUUGCAACCAUGUGGAUCGAGAGAACAACUUACAUUACCGCCUAUCGCUUCCCAGGGAUUCUGAAAUGGUUUGAAGUCAAAUCUGUCUCAGUGGAGGAGAUCAGUCCUUUGGAGAAUGCCAUAGAGACCAUGGAGAUGGCCAAUGAAAAGCUGAGUAACCUUGUGCAGCAGCAAGCCUGCGAUCAGUCACUGUCCAUCAACCCACUGUCCAUGAUGCUCAGUGGCAUUGUUGACCCUGCUGUCAUGGGCGGCUUCUCCAACUAUGAGAAGGCAUUCUUUACAGACCCCUACAUCCAAGAGCACCCAGAAGACCACGAGCGCAUUGAGGUCCUUAAACACCUCAUCGCCCUGCAGAUCCCUCUCUUGGCAGAUGGGAUUCGCAUCCACGGGGAGAAGACGACGGAGCAGCUGAAGCCCUUACACAACCGUCUGGUUACUUGCUUCCAAGACCUUCGGGAGAAAGUGGAGAAGCAUUAUGGCGUCAUAACCUUGCCCUGCUCUCUCACUGAGAGGAAGAAGAGUCGCGUAGGCUCGAUGGUGAUGCCCUAUAUCCUGUCCUCCACCCUGCGUCGCAUGUCCACUGUCUCAACCCUCUCCAACGCCUCCUCAGGCCUCUCCAGCGGCUCUGCAUCCUCAGAUGGACCCUCCUGCAUUUCCUCCCAAGAUUCCUUGUUGUCCCGUCCCAGCAAUCGCAGGGCCUCUGUUUUGUCCCGCUCGGAGGAGGACAACAGGAUUGCUAGAAAGAACAGGAAGGAGUGGAGUGUGAGCAAAUCCCAGGUCCUACUGGAGAGGCAGUCGGAUGCAGAUGAGACUCCUCCAGAGAAGCAGCAGAGACCCAAGAGUUUACAAUUAGGAGACCGACGGCUUACCCUCUCCCUGUUCCAGGGUGUUUCAUCCCAGCUCAGCCUGUCUAACCCUCUCAGCCCGCUACCUGCCUCUCCACACACACCACGCACACCACGCAGCUCCAGUUAUUCAUCGCUUCUCAGUGACAAUGAUGCCAAUACCAUUGACACCCCAGGGACCCCCCCACCCAUGCCUCCGAAGAAACACCCGCACGAGAUUGACAACCACGGGUACUCUUCAGAUUUCACUCCUCCACUACCAAUGAAAAUUGAGAGCAAACCUCCUCCGCCGCCUCCAAAAACGAGGAAGUCGAUGUUCCCUUCAUAAGAGCACACCCCCCUACUAAGGCUACACCUACACACUGGCCUUAAAGUUUCACUAAUUCUCUGAUUUGGCUGUGAUGAAAGCAGUUUCAUAUGCGGCAUUGUGGAAAUGCCACAGUAGGGGGAUGCAUGCCAGAUUUUCAGCUGGAAAAGAAUUCUUUCUGAUGCAAAUCACUAAUAAUUCCGAGCAGUCCUUCGUUCUCAAGUUUUAGCUGUUGUUUAAGCUGCAAGGAAGAAUAUGUGUGGGUUUAUUGUCGUAAGAGGGUACUGCUGAGCAAAAUGAUUUUCGGUACAUAAGGUCACUACGGCCUUGGAUUCGGUAUGCUUUUUUAGAGGUAAUGAAACAGUGAUUGGAUGCUUUUUUUUUCUUCAAGAAAAGUCAGUAUGUUGUACAGACUAUUACUCGCAGGGAAAAGGAGCGACCAAUGCUGCAAUGCAAUAUUUUGCUUUUAUGUGUUGGUGACACUGGAUGACUUAUUUUCCCCCUAGCUGUUUACCGGCAUUCCAUACCAGCAUUCCCAUACAGAAAAAAGCUGCAUUAGAUACAUGUCACACUUGAUCAAGAGCAGGGAAUACAAUGUACAGAAUGUAACUGUUUGUUUGAAAUUUAGUUAUUUUGUGUCCGUGUUGGUGUUCAGUAAUAUUAUGAUUAAACCCAUUUUCUUAAACCACAAUGUUUUAGAUACACUGGAUGGCAUUAAUGAAUGUGUUGCAGAUUAUGCAUUUGUUUUGAUGUUUAUGAUGAACUAAAUACUGUAACUGAUGCUUCCAAACUACAUCAUGUUGGUGUUCAGUGGAAGUUUUUCCUUAAAAGAAUGGGUUGACAUUUUUGGAAAAUGCGCUCUCUUGCCGAGAAUCAGAUUAGAAGAUUGACAGCACUCUCAAGUAUGUAUGGUAAACAUGUAGCUGGAGCCAGCAGCCGGUUAGCUUAGCUUAGCACAAAGACAGCUAUCUUGGCUCUGUUCAAAUGUAACAAAGUCCGCCUACUAGCACUGAAGCUCACUAUUUAACAUUUUAUGUCUUGUGUGUCUUAUACGGAAAAAAACCUCAAGUGUAAAAAUUCACAUUUGUGGGGUUAUGUGUGGUUGCCAGGCAACCUGCAAAGACUCAAGAAAAUUACUGCUCCCAGCCAAGAAAUAGUCCAGCACACAACCCCCCCAUAAAACCACAAAUUGUAAUUUUUACACCUUCUGUAAACAAGGAGGUGCUGGUAGGUGGAUUUUGUUACUUUCACACAGAGCCAGGCUAGCUGUUUUCCCUUGUUCCCAGUCUUUAUGCUAAGCUAAACUAACUGGCUGCUGGCUCCAGCUACAUAUUUACAGUAGGCCUACAGACAUGAGAGUGGUAUCGAGCUUUUCAACUCUUGCCAAGAAAGUAAAUAAGAGCACUUCCCAAAAUUUCGAACUGGUCCUUUUAAAGAACCCUAAACGCUGGAUGGUACGUGCAUAAAUGCCUUUGAAGUUCACUUUAGUUUUAUAUUUCAGGUGUUGGUAGAUUUUCUUUUUUAUCAGUUCAUUAUUGAAAUUUAAAUUAUUGCAAUUCAUUGAAUUUUAAUAUUUCCACUGUUUUGCACACCCGGUGUGUACAGAGAUGGUUUAUUUUUUGCAGCAUAAAUUGAAUCUAAUUUCAAUAUACUGCUUAGCUGUGGCUGUUUAAAUUUUUUAAAAGAAGCAAUACAAUUUAUGUGCCUCCAGAGUGCUAGAUCUAUGCAUGUAAGCUGUUUUGAAAAUGAUCAAAUUUAAUCGAUAAUUAAGAUGUCAGUAUUAAUUAAGAUGUCUUAUUUUUAUUUUUAAAUUGUUUUACAAGGGAUUCACUUUUUUGUACAGUACACAUUUCCUAACAAGAAUCAAAGAAAUUUUAUACAAACAAUGCCUCAAGAGAUAUAUAAUGAUCUUUUUUAUGAACAAGCUGUUGACUGAACAAAAAUAAAGAUUUGUUGAAAGACCAGCAAA